CGACGUCUCCUUCCUUCCUGGUUCCCGCUGCAGCUGCUGCCACCGCUCAGCUCCGCGAGGAGGUAGCCGGUGACUCGGAGACGGUGACUCAGGGGCAGAGCAGCGCGCGGGCCAAGGAGCGCUGGCGUCCAUGGACCCUGGGGGCCUCCUUAGGACAAGGUGACAGUCUUCUCCUUCCACCCUGUUCUACCCUCCUCAGCGAGGAUUGAUCUUCCUCAUGGACUUUCAAGAGAGGGACACCCCCUCCUUGGCUGAGAGCACUCAGUCUUCCAAGCACAGCAGCACUCAACAGGCCUCUGAGUUGUGGGAGGUGAUGGAGGAACCUCGGGGAAAGCUGGGAGUGGAGGCCAUCACACCUGAGAGGCAGGAAGGCCACCUGCUCAAGAAGAGGAAGUGGCCUCUGAAGGGAUGGCACAAGAGGUACUUUGUGCUCGAAGACGGGAUCCUCCACUAUGCCACAACCCGGCAAGAUAUCACCAAAGGGAAGCUCCAUGGCUCCAUUGAUGUCCGGCUGUCGGUCAUGUCCAUCAACAAAAAGGCCCAGCGCAUUGACCUAGACACAGAAGACAAUAUCUACCACCUCAAGAUCAAAUCCCAGGACCUUUUCCAAAGCUGGGUGUCGCAGCUGCGUGCCCACCGCCUGGCCCAGCGCCUGGACAUCCCCAACACUGCUCAUCGGAAGGUUUCUGGCACCCAGCUUCUAACUGCAGGCAGCACCUCAGCUUUACCAGGCGUUGGACCUCGGGAGAAGGUGUCUUCCUGGCUAAGGGACAGUGAUGGGCUGGACCGAUGCUCUCAUGCACUCUCUGAGUGUCAGGGGAAGCUCCAGGAACUACACAGACUCCUCCAGAGCCUGGAGUCCCUGCACCGAAUCCCCUCAGCCCCCGUGAUCCCCACGCAUCAGGCAUCGGUGACAACUGAGAGACCAAAGAAGGGGAAACGGACCAGUCGCAUGUGGUGCACGCAGGGUUUUGCCAAGGACGACACCAUUGGACGGGUGGGUCGUCUCCAUGGCUCUGUUCCCAACCUGUCCCGCUACCUGGAGUCUCGGGACUCCUCAGGGCCGCGAGGGUUGCCGCCCCCAGACUACGCCCACCUGCAGCGCAGUUUCUGGGCCCUGGCGCAGAAGGUGCACAGCUCCCUCAGCAGCGUCCUGGCCGCCCUCACCGCCGAGCGGGAUCGACUGCGGGACCUGCACCAGGGCUCGGAGCUGUCACGGAUGGGGGUCUCCGAGGCCCCCGGUGGACAGAGGCGCCUCCAUUCGCUGUCUGUCUCCUCCGACACCACCGCAGACUCCUUCAGUUCUCUCAACCCUGAGGAGCAAGAAGCUUUGUACAUGAAAGGCCGAGAGCUGACCCCACAGCUGUCCCAGAGCAGCGUGCUGUCCCUUGCCGAUUCCCACACGGAGUUCUUCGAUGCCUGUGAGGUUCUCCUUUCUGCCAGCUCUUCAGAGAAUGAGGGCUCGGAGGAGGAGGAGGAGUCAUGUGCCAGCGAAAUCACCACCAGCCUGUCCGAGGAGGUGCUGGAUCUCAGGGGAGCUGAGCGCUACCAGAAAGGGGGCUGUGUUCCAGGGAGACCUUCAGGGCCUCCUCGCCGCCGCUGCCUGCCAGCUGCCAGCGGACCUGGGAUGGAUGUGAGCCUGUGGAACAUUCUGCGCAACAACAUUGGCAAAGACCUGUCCAAGGUGUCAAUGCCUGUGCAGCUGAACGAGCCUCUCAACACGCUGCAGCGGCUCUGUGAGGAGCUGGAGUACAGCAGCCUCCUGGACCAGGCCAGCCGCAUGGCUGACCCCUGCGAGCGCAUGGUGUACGUCGCAGCUUUUGCUGUCUCCGCCUACUCCUCCACGUAUCACCGAGCAGGCUGCAAGCCCUUCAACCCUGUCCUGGGGGAGACCUACGAGUGUGAGCGGCCUGACCGGGGCUUUCGCUUCAUCAGUGAGCAGGUCUCCCAUCACCCCCCGAUCUCAGCAUGUCACGCGGAGUCCGAGAACUUUGUCUUCUGGCAAGACAUGAAGUGGAAGAACAAGUUCUGGGGCAAAUCCUUGGAGAUCGUUCCUGUAGGGACAGUCAACGUCAGCCUGCCCAGGUUUGGGGACCACUUUGAGUGGAACAAGGUGACGUCCUGCAUUCACAACAUCCUGAGUGGCCAGCGCUGGAUAGAACACUAUGGAGAGGUGCUCAUCCGAAACACCCAGGACAGCUCCUGCCACUGCAAGAUCACCUUCUGCAAGGCCAAGUACUGGAGUUCCAACAUCCAUGAGGUUCAGGGCGCCGUGCUCAGCCGGAGUGGCCGGGUCCUCCAUCGCCUCUUCGGGAAGUGGCACGAGGGGCUGUACCGAGGUCCCCCGCCGGGCGGGCAGUGCAUUUGGAAACCCAACUCGAUGCCCCCAGACCAUGAGCGAAACUUCGGUUUCACUCAGUUUGCCUUGGAGCUGAAUGAGCUGACGGCAGAGCUGAAACGGACGCUGCCUUCCACCGACACGAGGCUGCGGCCCGACCAGAGGUACCUGGAGGAGGGGAACAUCCAGGCCGCCGAGGCCCAGAAGAGGAGGAUUGAACAGCUCCAGCGAGACAGACGGAGAGUGAUGGAGGAGAACAAUAUCGUGCACCAGGCCCGUUUCUUCAGGCGGCAGACCGACAGCAGUGGCAAGGAGUGGUGGGUGACCAACCACACGUACUGGAGGCUGCGGGCCGAGCCUGGCUACGGGAACCUGGAUGGGGCCGUGCUCUGGUAGCCCAGGCGUCCCCCCACCACCACACAGUGGGGGCAGAAGACUCUGGGUCCUCACUCCUGCCCCUACCCCUAUCAUGGACAUGUGGGUGAGGUCAGGCUCUCUCUCAUUGCCCUUGAGACCAAAGUGGCAGCCCUGGCUCCUGGCCCUCUCCCCUCUGCUGGCCAGAGGGGCUUUGCAGCAUCUCAGCAUACCCCCCCGCCCCGAAGUUGGGGUGGAAACAGAACCUGUGCUUCCCCAGUCUUGUUGCCCCAGCGACUGGCAUGUCAAGCCCUUCUCUUGCCAUCCUCCUCCUCCCCCGGGAGUGUUUGGGUGAGACGCUAGUCUCCCUAGAUGUAUUCCCCAUUUCAGUGCCUUCCUGGGACACAGAGGACCACUUGACUCUCCCCAGGCUUUUCUGUGCCCAGGGCGCUGGCCCCACUGUGAGGUUCGAGUGAGUGAAGGACAGUAGAUGCCUUUUCCCCCACCUGGCCUGUCUCCAGCAUUGCCCCCUCCCCCAGCCCAGCAGGGCUUCCUCGGCUCCCUUUGGCAGGCCCCAGCCCCUGUCCUUACUAUCCCUUUCUCCCAAAACCACACAGCGCCUGCAGCUUCCAGCUCCUCUGUCCCUGGUCCUCCAGUGGUCCUUCUGGUCUCAGCUUGGCCAAUGUCCCAGUGUAGACUAGCCUCUCCAAGAGGCAGGUAACAGUCUCAGGAGCCUGGCUCAGACCCCCCACCCCCGCAAGAGAGAGGGAGCCAGUGUGAGUGUAAGUUUGUGUAGGAGAGAGAGAGUGUGUGUGAGCGUGAGCGUGCGCGCCUGUGUGUGCACUCGUGUCCUACUUGCGGGCAAGCAGGAUUCCUUAAUGUAGCUCGGACAUCCCCCGCACUGGGUGUCCUCACUGUUGCUGCUCAAUUUUUUUUUUUUUUUUUCAGUUUGCCUCUGAGUCAGGUGAAUUGCUAUGACAUUCCAAGCUCCAAUAAAGACUGUCCCAGACUUUG